AUGCAACAAUACUUUCAAAAUUUUGAAUAUGAAAUUAAGAUAAAUAUAUACAAAUAUAUCGAUUUCCCACUUAAUUUGGCACUGACAUGUCGAAAUUGGUCUGUCAUUUCAAAAGAUGCUUACGCUAAAACAGAAUGGUUGCUAGUGCGCUAUGGAAAAUCUCAUGCAUUAUUCCACGCUGUGCGAUUAGGCCCCACGUUUAUAGAUAUCCCAGUAUGUAAAACAUUAAUUACGAGAAAAGUUCCAAUAUCAAGAUAUUUUAUUCAAAGGUUACUUAUGCACUUCGGAAAAUAUGAUCAAAAGUUGAUAGAGCUCAAGAUAGAGCAUAAUGUCGGUCAACUUGAUGCGGAUAGAAUUCGCGCUUUCCAACAAAAAAUUAAAUCACCAUGGGCGAGCAAUUUACCAUAUUCGUGUUCACUUAUUUAUUAAAUGAAGGUACAAACAAUUAGCUAAUAUGAAUGAAACCUUACCUUCAAAGGGUAAUGAUAUGGAGCUAUUUCACUUUCUCUCCGCAGGUCCUCACGUGAUAAAUUAUGCUCCCGGCAUGUUGAGAAAGAAUUUGAAAGAUAUAGAAGAUUUGAUUUUAAAUAAACGGUUCCGUCGUUCCAUUUCCUCACAGACCAAAAGCGUAUCAAUUAGAUUUAAAUAGCGAUCCAUAUCCUUCCAAAGAUGGAUUCGAAAAUAAUAGACGCUUAACGUAAUUGCGAAAGGAAUCCUUAUACGUCCGGAUCUAGUGAACUU